CUACGUGAGCUUAUGUGCUCUCAACUUCGGCUACGAUGUCGGCACUUUCUCCGAGGUGCAGGCCAUGCAGUCCUUUAGGAGACGAUUCGGCGAGUUCAACGACCAGACAGACAAAUACUCGCUCCCCGGUUGGUCGUUGUCGAUCAUGGCCCCCACACCGUUUCUCGGAUUGCAUCUGCUGUGCCUGGAUCGCAGAGAAAUGGGGCCGUCGUGCCGCUAUCAUAGUGCUAUGCGUAACGGCGAUCUUGCACGCGUGCCUCACCUGGUCCCUAUUACCCUGACGCGACCGACGAUGAUCCCAUUAUACUCUGAGGCAACACUGACCUCUACAUCGACAGCGGCGUCACACUUCAAACCCCCGCUGUACACAGGGCCAUGUUCACGAUCGGUCGCGGCAAUUGUCGUCAUACCCAUCUACCAAGCCGACACCGCGCCCGGUUCCCCCCGAGGGAUGUUUGCCUCGACGAUUGAGCUCAAAAUCGCUCUCUCUACGCUCAUUGCAAGCGUUGUGAUACUCGGUACGAAACCCAUUGACGGGAAUGCUGUUUGGCUGAUACCGAUCGGCCUACAACUCCCCAUCCCCGCCAUCAUCCUGACAUUCUUCCCCGCUCCUGCCUGA